CUUGGAGGAGGGAGCAGGACGUCUCUUCGCAGAGGAAAGCGUAGCAAGAGCCAGAGUAGGGGAGGAAGAAGACCUGCCUUCUCGGGCAGCCGCUGGGUUGCUGCAAAGAGAGGCGGGGAGAAGCGGGGGCGCUGCAUGCAGUGCGCUGGUUCCAGCGGUGCCCGCGGGGAAUGUGACAUCAGCGGCGCCAGGCGCUUGCGGCUGGAGGAGGCAGCUCGCCUCGGCUGCACGGUGCACACCUAGCCCGGGGGAGGACGCAGACCCGGGCAGGCAGCCGGGAUGUCGGCGAAGGAGAGGCCAAAGGGCAAGGUGGUCAAGGACAGCGUCACUCUCCUGCCCUGUUUUUAUUUCGUCGAGUUGCCCAUAUUGGCAUCAUCGGUGGUUAGCCUCUAUUUCCUUGAACUCACCGAUGUCUUCAAGCCUGUUCACUCUGGAUUCAGCUGCUAUGACCGGAGCCUUAGCAUGCCGUACAUUGAACCGACCCAGGAGGCAAUUCCACUCCUUAUGUUACUUAGCUUGGCUUUUGCUGGACCUGCAAUUACGAUUAUGGUAGGAGAAGGAAUUCUCUACUGUUGCCUGUCUAAAAGAAGAAAUGGGGUUGGCCUGGAGCCCAACAUUAACGCUGGAGGCUGCAACUUCAACUCUUUCCUUAGAAGAGCCGUUAGAUUUGUUGGUGUUCAUGUAUUUGGACUAUGCUCUACAGCGCUCAUUACAGAUAUCAUACAACUGUCCACAGGCUACCAAGCACCGUACUUUCUGACUGUGUGCAAGCCAAACUAUACCUCUCUGAAUGUAUCUUGCAAAGAAAACUCCUACAUAGUGGAAGAUAUCUGCUCAGGAUCUGACCUUACAGUUAUCAACAGUGGAAGAAAGUCAUUCCCUUCUCAGCAUGCUACCCUUGCCGCAUUUGCAGCUGUAUAUGUUUCAAUGUACUUCAAUUCCACAUUAACGGAUUCCUCCAAGCUUCUGAAACCUCUCUUGGUUUUUACGUUUAUCAUCUGUGGAAUCAUCUGUGGACUAACACGGAUAACACAGUAUAAGAACCACCCAGUUGAUGUCUAUUGUGGCUUUUUAAUAGGAGGAGGAAUUGCUCUGUACUUGGGUCUAUAUGCUGUGGGGAACUUUCUGCCUGGUGAAGAGAGCAUGUUUCAGCAUAGAGAAGCUCUCAGGUCUCUGACAGACCUCAAUCAAGACCCCAGCCGAGUUUUAGCUGCUAAAAAUGGUAGCAGCAGUGAUGGAAUUGCUCAUACAGAAGGCAUCCUCAACCGAAACCACAGAGAUGCUACCUCACUGACAAACCUCAAAAGGGCAAAUGCUGAUGUAGAAAUCAUCACUCCACGAAGCCCAAUGGGGAAGGAGAACAUGGUUACCUUCAGCAAUACCCUUCCCAGGGCCAACACCCCAUCCAUAGAAGACCCUGUCAGAAGAAAUGCAACCAUUCAUGCGUCUAUGGAUUCUGCUCGAUCAAAGCAACUUCUUACCCAGUGGAAGAAUAAAAAUGAAAGUCGUAAGUUGUCCCUGCAAGUAAUAGAGACUGAGCCUGGACAGUCACCACCCAGAUCCAUAGAAAUGAGGUCAAGUUCAGAGCCAUCAAGGGUAGGAGUGAAUGGAGACCAUCAUGGUCCUGGAAAUCAGUAUCUCAAGAUCCAACCUGGCACUGUACCUGGGUGUAACAAUAGCAUGCCUGGAGGGCCAAGAGUGUCCAUUCAGUCCCGGCCUGGGUCCUCACAGUUGGUGCACAUCCCUGAAGAGACCCAAGAAAACAUAAGCAUCUCCCCCAAAAGCAGCUCUGCUCGGGCCAAAUGGUUGAAAGCUGCUGAGAAGACUGUGGCCUGCAAUAGAACCAACAGCCAGCCCAGAAUCAUGCAAGUGAUAGCCAUGUCCAAGCAGCAGGGUGUCCUCCAAAGCAGCCCCAAGAACACUGAAGGCAGCACUGUCUCCUGUACUGGCUCCAUCCGCUACAAAACUUUGACAGACCAUGAACCCAGUGGUAUCGUGAGGGUUGAGGCUCACCCAGAGAACAACAGGCCCAUCAUCCAGAUCCCAUCCACUGAAGGCGAAGGAAGUGGCUCCUGGAAAUGGAAAGCUCCUGAAAAGGGCAGCCUUCGCCAAACUUAUGAGCUCAACGAUCUCAACAGGGACUCAGAGAGCUGUGAGUCUCUGAAAGACAGUUUUGGUUCUGGAGAUCGCAAGAGAAGCAACAUAGAUAAUAAUGAGCAUCAUCACCAUGGUAUCACCACCAUCCGCGUUACUCCAGUAGAGGGUAGUGAAAUCGGUUCAGAGACAUUGUCCAUUUCUUCUUCACGCGACUCCACCCUGAGGAGAAAGGGUAACAUCAUUUUAAUCCCUGAAAGAAGCAACAGCCCUGAAAACACUAGAAAUAUCUUCUACAAAGGAACCUCUCCAACACGGGCAUAUAAGGAUUGAGUGAUGGCCAUUCAAUAAUUUGGGUGACCUCUAGAAGUCCAGAUGUUGAUUCUACCUGUGCUCUGUUCCAGAGGAUUGGAAAACAGUCUUGCCAAACUAAUUACCCACUGUCAACAAGGAACUGUAAGAUUUUUGGGACUGCUACACUCAAGCUUAUAGAUUACAUUCACAUCAAGAGGGGGAAAAGCACAAUGUGAGAACCUAAAUAAUGUGAUAUUGUGGAGAGUUUUCUUAAGAUCUGUCAUCAGCUCAAAAUGUUUUGCAGAGGGCAGUAUCAAUGUAUACUAUUUUACUUCCUGAAUGUGCCAACUUUGGUGAUUUUUCUUUAUAAUUAUCCAUGGGAAUCAAGAACAUAUGAUUUCCCCUACAGCAGAGGCCAUGCAGUAUUAUAUAAUCAUUUUGCAGAAUCUGCACCUAAAGCUCAAUUUUGGGUGGUGCUUAUUAUUAUAGUACAUAUACCAUGUAAACUCUUAAACUCUAUUUAGCUGUGAAAUAGUGGUGUGCAAUUCCUUGUCAAAGAAAUGCUACUUUAUUAAGAAGACGCUGGCUGCUUUGUGUUAGACUAGGACACCCUGCAGCUUCUCCAUAGUGGCUCUGUUACAGUUAAAAAAUGAAAAGGUUUCAUGCAUUUCUUCAAAAUUAUGCUUUCUUCAACAAAGAAAAUUGCAUAGGGCCAUUUUCAGUGAAAGGGACUAACUAGUAUUUUUCUGCAUAGUUUUUCUGCUGCUUACUUUUUAUUUAAGUACAAGUACUGCUAAUGAAGAAUCUGGUUUCUUAGUGAGUAAAUUUGCAUAAUUUUAAAUAUUGUUUCAGAGAAUCUUUAAAAAUUGUGAUCAUAUUUUGCAUUUUAUUGUUUCUCUUUUAUUUAGUAUUUGAUUUUUGAUGCUAUAGAGAUGUUCUAUUUUAAAAACAAAAAACAGUUGACAUUCCUUAAGCAAAAUAUACUAUGAAUUUAUAAACGAAAUCUGAACCAAAACUUGAUAUUCUGGGUUACAUUUCCAGCAAUGUUGGUCAAAUCUACCCUUAGAUGUCUUCAACCAUCUGACUUAGGUUGUUGUUGCUACCUUAACAAGUAACCCCAAGAUUCCAGGGGUUCCAGGUCAAUAAACAUUUUUGGUAUCCUGAUAACAGGUAAAUUUGAGCCACAGUAGAUGGGUUUUAUCCUCUUCUCCAUAAUGUUUUUUAUUACUUACACAAAAACAGGAAUAAUCUUAAAAGAUGCAAAUUAGUAUGUAAAAGUAUCUCAUACUCUAACUUAAGAAUGCAUUUCUUCAAAAAUUUGAAUAGGCACAGUUUCAGUGCUUAAAAUGGAAAAAAACAGUCUUCGCUACCUAUCCUGAAUGAAGCCUUGAGCCUAAAUCAAAGGAAAUACUAUCAAUAAGAAGAUAAAACAAAACAUAUUGAUGUGUUUUCCAAUUUAAAAAUUUACAUGAUAUUUUAAGUACAAAGAAAUACUUGGUUCUUGGAAUUUAGUAUUAAACCUUUUUUACACCAUUUCUUAAGAAUUCUAAUAUACUCUUGGUGAUUGCCAAAGGGAUAAAAAGGAAACAACAGAGCUGGUUGAUCUGGUGUUAGUUCAGUUUUCAAUGAGAACAGAAUGAGCUCUUUUAAGGUGGGUGGUAUCACAUCAGCAACAACUUCUACAGGAAAAGGGCAGAACUUUCAUAGAGAAACCAAGCUCCUAAGGCAUUAGGGAUUUAGGCGAAACCAGCAGAAUUGAAAACUCUGGCAAUAAAACAGACUCAACCAUAUCCCUUUGGUCAAUUUCCUUCUCAGAGAAGGGAGUAGGAGUAAAAUGUUGCCUUCUCCACUUCUCACCACCACCAACAUCAUGACACUCCUACUGGCUUUUGCCAGUUUAUAGAGGGAAAGGUGGACUGGUUUUAGUACUCUGAAGAAAAAAAAAUCCGCAGCAUUUCAGGUGCAGUAUGAUAUUUCCUAAUAUUUCAUAUUUCUUAACAAAAAAUUUUAAAGUACUUCUCUAGUCAUUGAAGUUUGUUUUCUUUACAUAAAUAUUGAUAUAUUCUUUUUCUACUCAAAGUGCCAAAGGCUAUGGUUUUUAAUGACUUAAAAAAUUGUACCACAUUGUUAAGGAAAUAUAAUGAUAGUGACUAGAACUCAGACCUCUGCAUGUAUAUUUGAUAACACAUCUUUUGUAAGAAAAUUACAAAAAGUAUUUGUUUACAUUCCACUGGUACCUUAAUUUAAAAUAAAUCAGGCUAGCAGGUGGUAUUUCUUCCUAGUGUUCUAUUUAUCUUAUUUGCUAAUGGGAGCACUUCUUCCUUUGUUAGGCUGUGCUUUAUUGAUAAAACCAAGUAUUGGACAAAGAGAGCUAAUUAUCUUUUUAAAGUAAAUAAGAUUAUGAAAAAUAUAUAAUAUAUAUAUAAAGUAUGUGUUUAAUAAAAUGUUAUGCAAUGUUUUCCAAACUGAAAAAGUUUGUAAAGUGCUAUAAAUGUAUUUUGUUAAGUACAGAUUAAAGCGAUUGUGUGACUAUAUUGUGCUAACAUCAUAGAAAUAAAGAUUAGAUUUCUUCACCAAAAUUGGAACAUUUUGUUUUUUAACUUCAGAUGGAGUACAAAUGGAUAAUAGGCUUAUAGGAAAACACCUGAAGAA